CAUUUGAUCCGAGGCAUCUCUUCAAGGUGAUGUACCAUGACACUCUCCGUGAGGCUCUUGGCGAGCGCGUCAUCUCGUUUGGGCAAUCUUCAGAUGUGAUCCUACGGACCGGGGUCCUCAAUAUCGUACAGAAUCACCUGCUGAAGUAUUUCGACGACUUGGUUUCUCGCCCCGAAUUGUCUAGUGCAAGCAUCCAUUUGACUAAUCUGCAACUGUAUAAAGAAAAAUGGUCCCAGAUUUACAGCGACGCCACUUGCUUUUGCUGUAUCAGUCGCACUCCGCAAUAUCGUUUUCCCUGUGGUCAUCUCAUCUGCGAGAAUUGUGUGCAAAUUUUCGGCAGGUCCCUUGUGGAUGAGCCGUGGAUCUAUCGCAUUGCUUCAUGCUUCCUGUGUGCCAAAGAAUGGGCCAAGGAGAUCGCCAUUACCGUGGAUGCCCCUACACGAGGAUUCAGUAUGCUAUGUAUGGACGGUGGAGGUACGCGAGGUGUCGUUCCCCUGACGAUACUGAAAAGGCUUGCAGACCAGAUUGACCUCCCUAUCCCAGUACAGAGACAUUUCAAUUUCAUCUCAGGUGUCAGUUCCGGAACCUUUUCCAUGUUCGGAUUGUACCCAAAAGCAUGGUCUCCAGCGAAGUGCAUAGAGAUGUUCUGCGAGUUUGCCAAGCUAUCCUUCGAAAAAGAGAAAGUUUCUGGAGCAACCCUCUUGGCAUGGAUUGAGAGAGCCAUAGAAGAAAAAGCUUCUAAUAUUCCUCUCGUAGCCUGGAUGGGGAAAGCGCUCCAUCUUUACCGUCGAGAUGGAAUUUAUAAGGCAGAAAGUAUCGAAUCGGUCUUGAAAUUCGUGCUUGGAGAGCAGACUAUGUUGGACAUAUCGUAUGCGACCGAGGUUGGAGCGAAGCUUUGCGUCCUCGUUGCAACCGUCCUGAAGCAACCAUCCUAUCGCGUUUUCACAAACUAUAAUAAAAUCGGACAGCGAGGUGAAAAGCAAGAAGUUAAUAUCAUCAAGCCGGAGGAUGGGGGCAAUGCGCCACUGUGGGACAUAGCCAGAGCCGCAUCUGCAGCCCCUUGCUACUUCCCGGUGAAAGAAAUUCCAGGCGUAGGCACUUUCCAGGAUGUGGGCCUACUGCGGAACGAUCCCACCGCGAUAGCCUUCGCGGAGGCCAGGGCCCUAUAUCCAUUGGUGGAGCAGGCUGACAUGAUCCUAUCUUUGGGGACAGGUUCAUUGAAGGCCUCACACGAGAAUCACGGCCAACAACGAAGUGCCCUACAGAGAGUGUAUGAUCUAGUCUGGGAGAAGGCGAAGGAUCAUCAAGUGGAAGAAACGUUUCGCCAUAUUCCGAGAUAUCACCGUCUGAAUCCUGAGCUUGACGACGAGUAUAGCCUAGAUGAUACCAGUCACAUGCACGUGCUCAAGUCAAAAGUCGAAACGGAUGAGUCGUUGUCACGGCCAAUUGAAACAGUGGCGCGACGUGCCAUUGCCUCUAAGUUUUACUUCGAGCUCGCGGGCUUGCCGAAAAAGGUCAACGGAAGAUACAUUGGGACUGGCCAUAUCUUGUGCUCAAUCUUAGGGAAGGAGCCUGCCUUUGCAGUGCUAAUCAAGCGGCUCGCCUUCAGUUCCACGCAACUAUAUCUCAAUGCUGAACCGAUCCCGGGACGUUGGGACGACCCGUGCUGCCUGGAUAAGAACGGCAACUUUUUCAAACGCGUACAACUAAGUAUUGUCCACGGGAUUAGUAUUUCUCUCCGCACGCAGGGUUCAUUGGACGAAUCAUACCCUAUCAGCGGCCUCCCGUCCACGGUAGACAAACUUAUACAAGCCCAAGGAUUGAAUGCGUACUUCGGAACUGCGGAACACCGUAAAAGGAAGAGGUCCUCCUCCAGUGACGGUCUUGAGUCCAAAAAGAGAAGAUGUAUCCGGGAGGUUUUCCUUAGUUGA